ACCCUGCCCGUGACUGACAGUGGGAGCUCGAAGAGGCUGGAUUAGAUCAGUCUGAUCCUUCUGGCUUUGUUGAGUCCAGGAAGCCAUUUUGGGAUUCUGCAGUGUGGGAGCCGGAGGGAUGCGCUGUCAACUCUCAAACUUCUCCUGAAUCCCCCGGGAGCUGCGACCUGGGCCUGUCCUCCCGUCUUGGUGCUGAAGGAGGAGAUCCCUUCCCUUCUCCCCAGUGUGGGAUGGGCGAGGUGGGACUUUGAAGAGACCCCACCGGGAAGGCGGACCUCCGCUGCUGCUCGCCGAUCAGCCGUGCCUGAGUAUGGUUUGAAACAGUGAAGAUGGAUUUUUCACAUCUGCACACAUACGCUCCUCCCCAGUAUAUGCCAGAGAACACUGGCUAUACUUACGCACUCAGUUCCAGUUAUUCUACUGCCGCUCUCGAUUUUGAGACUAAACACCAGCUAGAUCCCGUCUUCGACUCUCCCAGAAUGUCGAGGCGCAGUUUGCGCCUGACCGGCGCAGCAUAUGGCACAGCAGAGGAUGCUCACAGAGACGGCAUCCGCAGUGGCAACAGCUCCUACGCCGAGAAGAAUUUUGCCGAUCAGUCAUCCAGAGUUACCAAACAACAUAAAAGUGUGGCAAAACAGUCCGGCUCCGUGAGACAAACCCCUAGAAAAGCUGUGUCCGGCUCUUCCGUAUUUAGCCACAGCAGUUUCAGCAGCCACGCAAGCGACGCAUCUUUUAUGCGUAACAUACUGGAUGAAUCUUCCAUACAGGAGCAGACGGCUGUCGACCAUUUCUGGGGUCUCGACGAUGACGAGAAUCUCACAGGUGGAAAUACGACGGUGCUUCAGGCCAAUGGUGACAUAGCAAUCGCUGGGAGCCAGGCGGUCUCAAGCAACGGAUACACCUGUAAUGACUGCAGCAUCCUUUCGGAGCGAAAGGAAGUCCUCACUACGUACUCGGCUUCUUGCAUGCCGCCCUCAAGAAUUUACUCCCGGGAUCGAAGCCAAAAGCACAAAUUUAGCAGCCUCACGUUCUACACGAGUAAGAUUCUGCAGGGGGUCAGGCGUUCUGUGUCAUCCGUCACGUCCCUCUUAAUGCAGCUAUUUCUCGUGGCCUUGCUGAAGUUGGGCUGUGAUUCGAAAGCUCAUUCCGAUUACAGCGGAAACAAGAAUGUAAAAGGAACUCUCAGGGAAGACGACCAACGGGAUGUGAAUGGGGAAUACUUCUGUGAUGACUGUCAGGGGAAGAAACAGCUUGAGGCCCACACAGCAGUCUGCACACACUCUUCACGGUCUAAAGGGGUCGCAAGGACCAUUUGGCACAUCUUUUCUUACGCAGGUUCCUUUUGGCUGCACGCGUUGCAGAGAACGGGAACAGCGGGAUGGCUGGCCUCAAAGAAGGUUGUGUCUCUCCUGUGGCUGGCCGUUGUCUCCCCAGGCAAGGCUGCUUCGGGAGUGUUCUGGUGGCUUGGGACCGGCUGGUAUCAACUCGUGACCCUGAUCUCUCUGCUAAAUGUCUUUCUUCUGACCAGAUGCCUUCCAAAAAUGUUCAAGUUGCUCUUGUUCCUGCUCCCUCUGCUGCUGUUGCUAGGUUUAUGGCACUGGGGCUCUGAAGGCUUCCUCUCCUUGCUGCCGGCAUUCAAUUGGUCAAGGAUACAUAAAACACACUGGUGGGACCACUCUGAACUGGUCUUCGAACCGCCCUCGGAUUUGCCUGACGCUGCUUACAACGAACACGUGAAAUCCUUUGACUCCAGUCGCUUAAGCGAGCUGGAAAAGCAGAUGGCUUUCCUAUCGGAGAAGUGGCGUCAUCGAGACGAGGAAUACAGUCAAAUGUUCCUCCUCCUUCAGACGUUUCAGCACCAAGUUGCCCAACUGAACGACAAAAGUGAAAUGCUGACGCUCAUAAAGAACGAGGUGGACCAGCAUCUGAAGGAAAUGAAAUCCUAUGAAACGGCGCACCCAACGGUCGACUUUUCAUCCUUGCACCAAGGACAUGAGUGGCGCAUCGCGGCUUUAGAAGACCUCCUUGCCAAACUCUCUGAAAAAUCUGAUAGCAUCCACAAGGAUCUGGAACUGAGCAAAGCAAGAACAGCGAGUGACGCCGUUGAGCAAAUCCAGCAUCUGUUAUCCAUGAUUCGGCAACUGGAAGUUCAGCUGGCUGAUAUGAGGGCCAAGCUGCUCAGUUCACAGAGCUUAAAAGCCGGCUGUGAGACGGCAGACGCCCUUCGUGAAAAGGUAGAUGCCCAAAUCAAAGAAUCUGUCAAGUUUGUCCUCUUCGGCGAUCAACAAGGGGACUUGCCAGAGCCACUGCUCCAGUGGCUGACGUCCCAGUUUGUCAGCAAGGGCGACUUGCAGGUUUUGCUGCGAGACCUGGAGUUGAAAAUCCACCAGAAGAUAUCUCUUCACAUGUCCACCACAAACACUAGGCCGUCUUCGGACGUGGUGACGAGCGUCGUGAAUGAGGUCGGGAUUUCGGGCAUCACGGAAGCGCAAGCACACAUUAUCGUCAACAACGCGCUGAAGCUGUAUUCUCAAGACAAGACGGGCUUAGUAGACUUUGCUUUGGAAUCCGGAGGUGGCAGCGUUUUGAGCACCCGCUGCUCAGAGACGUAUGAAACCAAAACAGCGUUGAUCAGUCUCUUUGGGAUCCCUUUGUGGUACUUCUCGCAGUCUCCUCGCGUCGUGAUCCAGCCUGACAUGCAUCCCGGAAACUGCUGGGCGUUCAAAGGGUCGCAGGGGUACCUUGUCGUCCGCCUUUCCAUGCUGAUCUAUCCGACAUCGUUUACUCUGGAGCAUAUACCAAAAACGCUUUCCCCGACCGGCAACAUCACCAGCGCUCCCAAGGAUUUCUCUGUAUACGGUCUUGAAAACGAGUAUCAAGAAGAAGGUGUGCUUCUAGGGCAGUAUAUGUACAAUCAAGAUGGAGAGUCGCUCCAGAUGUUCCUAGCAAUGGACGCAACGGAGAAGGCGUUCCAGAUAGUAGAACUCAGAAUUCUUUCCAACUGGGGCCAUCCUGAAUACACAUGCCUCUAUCGGUUCCGAGUGCACGGGAGACCCGCCAAAUGAACACGGCCUAGGGUUUCCUCCUUGUACAUUUAUUUUCUGUAUGUAUGUAUGUAUAUAAAGGGAAAACUGGAGAAGUCCUCCAAAGGAUGCAGGCUACGCGUAGAAGACUGCCGACUCGAAUUGUAUACCAAACUCAAUGGUUAUUUGCUUGAACGCCUCAGUCUGUUACUGCCAAUCAGCUUUAUUUUAUAUAUAUAUUUUUGACGCGUUCAUUCCGAGACUGUCGCAUGCCAACCGUAAACUAAGCAAAACCCAGUUAACCAAACCGGGGGGGGGGGGGGGGACCACUAUUUUGUUACACUGGAGUGUCAAGCUUUUAAAACUUGUGGGGGAGGGGGCAGCCAGGGAUUGGUUUUUAAGGUUGGGUGGGGCUCACCUGCACUGGCAACUGCGGCAGAUCCAGCAAUGUUUCUGGCAUGUAGUCCGUCGCUCUCUGCUGUUGUGCGGUUUCCCAAGCGUAUCGAUGGCAUGUGGGUGUGUUCCCGCACAGAACCUGUUGGAACAGGCAGUUCACGAAACGCCUCCAUAGAUUGAUCGCAGCCCUUCCCUCUCUCCAUUUAUAAAGCUCUCGUUGCAGCAAGAUUUUAUCCCAGGCUGUCUUUCCGGGAGAGUUUAUUGUUUCAUGGGGUUGUUGUUUUUUUACUUCACCUGAAGCGUGCUUUACUCACCUCCUGGAUUUUAGAAUAUCUCCCUUAAAGGAUUUACUAGAAAUCCUAACAUACAGGAGGAGGGCGUAAUACCCCCGGCAGUAAUUCAAGCACGAGACCUGGAAUCUAUAAGGAAUUUUUUUAAAAACAUGCGAGGGAGGGAGGGAUAGUGAUGUUUUUUUUUAAAAAAACCCGCCCUUUUAAGCCUUUUCUAUUUGUCCUUUUUCGAGCAAGCGGAUGGUGAUCGUAAUUAAAGCGAUGGAUUUAGUACGUCGUCAGUAUACAGAGCGCAUGCUCAGGCAACAGUUUGGCCAAAACCAGAAUAUUGUGGGCAUAAAGCAAGGAGAAAGUUCUGGUUCCAGAAGGAAGGUGAUGUGGGGGCUUGAACCGGGCAGGCUUACGAGGGUAAGAGGGAGGUAACGAGAUGAAGUAAAAGGAGAAAAAGCCGGCUUCAGAAUACGGGUUCCAGAAAUCCUCUGCCUCACAACAGUUAAACUGCAAGCAAAAUUCGCACCCGGGACUCUUUCACGCAUUUCUGUCGGGCAUGUUUAUCGUCUCAUGGUCCUGUUGGGGAUCCUGGCGUUGCUGCUAAUCUUUUGGAAAGCCAGGGCACACCUCCGACGUCACGAGCAUUAUCAGGAAAGCCCCCCCCCCCCCCCAAGAACACAAUUAGCUCUGCAAAGUCAUCAUCUGCCAAAAAACAAAACCCAAACAUUAAAAUAGAUCUUGGUUGGGAAUUUCACCACCACCAUCAGAAUUUUGCCACUAUUCUUCUGGCUCAUUGGGGGCUGUUCUUAAAAUUAUUGGCCACCCUUGUGAUUCAAUUCCUUUUGAAUAUGAUCUGGUAUAAAUACUGUUAAAACUUCUGUUUGGAACAAGACUCUUUAAACCCACAGCGUGCAAAAUUUAUCUCACUCAUAACCUUACAUUUCUGCAGUGGGGUGUGAGAAGGAGGAGGAGUAACUUAAAUAUAUAUUUCUUUCUUCUUGGAAAGACACCGCGGUGGUGUUGUCUGGUUUUCCAAAUAGAGUUAACGUACCUUGCACAAGAGUCUUCAAAUAUUUAUUUUUUUAAAGUUAUCUCUGGAGGAAUACCAUGUUUUAUUCACGUAAAAGUUCAGCUAGAAAUAGAACCAAUGGCCUGUUAAAAAGAGUUUGCUAAAUAUGUACAGGUGUUUCAUAUACUGUAGGUUAACUAUAUAAAAUCAGAAUUAUCUUGUAUAAACCUAAAUUGGGGAGCUGAGAGGGUGGGGAAUAUUUUGAAUAAACACUAACUUAUUUUUAAAGAAGCAAAAAACAAAUAAAAAAUAGGACUUUGUGCAAUGUAUUUUUGUAAAUGCUUUUUUCAGAAUAUUUGCCUCUGGUAUCCUUUGCUGCCUCCCAAACUGACAAGAAGCUAUUAAAAAUGUUUAAGAGUUUUAAUUUUGUUUUUGAAAGCGCAUGUAAUAUUUGGAAGUAAGUAAUAAAGUUCCUUUUCUUUUUUUGGUAA